CUUGUAGAAGAUAGCUGAUAAAAUACGCGGUGGUCAUAUAACUAUAUGGUGUUUCUGAAUUGUGUCCAGCAUUGUCGAUAAAUAUUUAUUCCUCAGUUGGUUCUAUUUUAGUCUGACGCAGGAAACUGGAUUGGUUUGAAAAUUGUAGACGGACUUUGGAACAGUAUGGUAUUAACCUGCAUGACAAGGAAUUCACUUCGAAAUGUCGAGAGCACUGUUAAACUUGAAAGGUUUAUGUCGACAUCGUGCUCGCUUCACAAGAAUACUGCUGGAAAGUAUAGGACGACAAGUGGACGAAAGCAGAUGCUUACAUAUGAAAUGGCCCACCGACCUCAUCAUAUUGGUGUUAAAAAAUCAUGGUUAACAUGGCAUUCACAAAAUUUGGAAUCGUUUCGACAGCGUCAACCUGUCGUGCUGGCCCAAGAUGAGAUCAUUCGUCGUUUCGUACGUGGUUUUUUUCCGGACUACAUAACCGUUGAUGGAAGUGAAUUGGUUAUCAAACGGCAAGGAAAUUGUGUCCGUGUAGCAGGUUUCUUCCAUUAUCGGAACAGACUGAAUAUUCGUGAAAUAUAUUGGCUAUUUGGAUUUACUGAAGAAUUUCUCUCAGUCUUGCUCAAACAACCGGUGAAGUUAGAGAUCCAAUUCGUGGCUGACGAAGAAGACUUAGCUUAUAACUAUAUAUGAUUGUUAAUUAUAUUUAUUUUGAAACUUCGUUUUAAAGAUUGAAUUAACUUCGAAUGGUUUACUAACAUUACUCUGUAAAAAUUAUCGCUGUAUCAUGAUCUAAGAAAAAUACUCCUAGUCUCGUGAAAAAUUUGUCCUUGCGUUAGGGGAGAUGGACGAUAAAGUUUCUUUGCGUUUGAUGAAGGUUUACUGAGGUUGAUAAAAGUUUAUUGAUUUUAUUGUUGAUGGUAGAAAGUUUAUUGAUGAUAAAAGUUUAUUGCUGA